UAAAAAAAUGAGUGAAUUGGACCAUGGCACAUUCUUUAAAACUCACAGGAUCAGUGAUGUAGAAAAUCUAGUGGUUUCCAUGAGAAAUGGUCUUUACAGCCGGAAGUAUAAACCUAUUGACUAUAAACAUCUCUAUGAACUUGCUAAUGAAGAAAAAAAGGCAUCUACUAAAAUCCAAUUAAAGGUUAAAAAAAUGGAACAAGUUUCAAAAAAUAACAAAGAACAAACACUGUUGAAACAACACCACCAAGUGUGGUGGCAAGAACAUAAAAAACUGAGUGAGAACAGACAAAAAGUGGAAGCAGAAAUACAGACUUUUCUUAAUGAAGGAAGCCAUAAGUAUGACUUUUGGAGAGAUUUGUGGAACUUGGCGCAGAAAUUAUCAGAAGGGCGGGAUUCAUACCAAACAAAUACGGUAGUUCCUAUCUGGCAACUAAGAGAGAAUUUGAAAUUCAGGCUAUCUGAAAUGCAGCACUGCCCCUCAGAAGAAUCUUUUCAGAAGGAUCAGUUCAAUCCAGUUGAGAUGUUACAACAGAUAGACUUUGUGAAGAAACAACAGGAAGCAAUAUUGGAAUUCCUUAACCUUGAAAUUCUGGCUUUGGAAAAAGAGCUUGAAGACUCUAAAACCAAAGCAUUAUCACAAUCUUUUGAAGAGAAAAACGGACUUUUCCAUAAAGUUCCUUCAGCACUACUGUCAUUGGAGUGUCCCUGUUCUGAUUUGAAGACGUUGAUUAUUGAUGAAUAUCGUAAGCUUGCAGGUGAAUACUGGUCUAAGCUUCAGGAGAUUGAUCAACAGUUAAAUGUCAUACAUAGGAACAUUAACUGGAAAGAAGAUGAUAAGUGGGUUUAUCAGACUGUUAUCAAUCAAUAUCCAAGUGAUCUUCAGAGAAGAAGGACUUUGUACCUCGAUGUGCUGCAGAGAUACCUUCCUCACAAGUCCAGACAUGAUCUGGUUGUUCAUGAGAAAGCUUGGGCUCAUUACCUUUUCACUAGGAAUCAACGCAAACUUCUGAUACUAAGUUGGGCUAAAGCUAGAAAAGCCUUUUUAGUUAAGGCAGUGACAACUGUUGCUGAAGCUUCUGCUGCCCAUGAGACAGAAUUAGUGCUGGCUAAUACCAGACAAAAGCAGCAGGAACUCUGUACUGAUCUGAAAGCAAAGGUUCUACAGUGGAGAGUACAACAAGAGGAGGCUGCUAAACUAGAAGCUGCUAUAGCUACCAGAAGAAAACAAGAGAGAGAUGAAAAAGAAAGGGUGCAGAGAGAACAGGAGAGGAUUCGUAGAACACAGGAGAAAGAGAAGGUGAAAAAAUACUGGGCUGAAAAACAGCUCAAGCAGCAAGAACGGGAAGAGAAGAAUGUACAGCGCCUGGAAGAAAUAAGAAAAUUAAUGACAGAACAAGCAAUUAAAGACAGAGAAAGGGUGAAGUUCAGACGAGCGCUGCGGGAGAGGCGGCUGCUGCGGAAGAGGGAAGCGGCGCUUCGGGCGGCGCUGGCGGAGCACGAGAGGCUCAAGGGCCUGGAGACGCUGCGCCAGCAGGUUGCUGUUGUUGCACGGUUGGAUCCAGCGAGGGCCGUGUCUGACACUGUGGCAUCUAGAGCUAGGAUGGGCGUUGGAGCCGAAGAGGAGUUCGUCCUUCAGAAACCGCUCUUCAAGCUGCAUACGUACAGCGAGCAGCAGAUCAUUUCUGACCCAAGGCUCCGCGUCGAGCUCGCUCUUCGAGAAGCCGGGCUUCAUAAAACACUUUACGCAAAAGAGAUUUUGCCCAAAAUUCCUCCGCCGAAGCUUCCAAGGAAGGACAUGGAAUCCACGGCUUUCAAACCAUAGAGGAGGUCGUGUAUCACGAGCUGGGAGCUCGGC